AAAUUCUUGGCUGAUCUACACUGACUGCGCUCAUACACAUUACCACCACAUGCUGAUUACCCAGUGGGUUAACUCUCAUAGCAAAAAGCGACAACCAGUACAAUUGCUACACUCGUCGGAACCGGUCUUUUCUACCUCACGUGGAGCAACUGCACAGCUAGAUUAGUCGCAAUUAAAACAAAACUGACCUAAUCGACGGCAACAGCAAUUCGCGACAAUGCAGCACUACUUGCGGUUCUAUAUCAAAUUUCAUAGCUAUGUCAUAGCGGUCGCCACAAUUAUCGGUUCGAUAUUCUUGGCUGCGGUUCUGUAUCAAUCAACGGAUUUCCUGUAUCCUUUGGAGGAGUUUUACGACUAUCGGUACAUGGGAAGCGUUGGCCUUGUUUUCGGAGUAAUUUGGCUUACCGUGGGGAUUUCGCUUUUCUAUGGAAUUUUCAAGGAAGAGAAAAAGUUCGUCUAUCCCUUCGUUGCGAUGUACAUGAUUGAGCUGUUCCUGCUGGUGCUCAGGGAUAUCAUCAUGAUUUGGCAGAACAAACGAUGGUACAAUAUGGUGUUUGUGAAUCCAUUCGGAGUUGUUAUGGCUCUCUAUGUCACCCUGCAUGUGAUGAUGACCAUGAUCGCCAUGGGAAAACUGAUCGAACAUGAACCUGUGGCACAGCCGGGGACGAAUUUCGUACGGUUCAACACGGAAAAUGGACAAGAACAGCGGCACAGCGUUGUUGGUGAUGAGGAAGUACUGGUGACCGAUUAAGAGCGACUGUAUGGGCUUUCAUUUGCUGUUGUAAGCCGCAGAAUCAACGAGUAUGAGAUCAUGGCUAGUGAUAGUGGCGGCAUAUGUGAUUGACGUUGAAGAUUCAUUCUCCGGAUAGAGACGUUUCAGUAUAUUGUUUUAUGAUUAAAACAGGAAAUAAACCGAAUUGUUGCAGCAAUAGUGAGAAACCUGA